CCUGACGCACUCGCGCUCAUUCGGCGCGCCAAAGCCGAGAAGGCCAAGGCUAGCACUGCGCCGCCGCCGCCGCCACCGCUCCCAUGCCCAACAUUCUCCAGCAUGCCACCACUGCCGCCGCCUCUGUCUUCUGCUCCGAUGCCGUCAAUCACCGUGGUGCGCAACUUCGUCUCGGCAGCGGACGAGGACGCGCUGCUCGCCAACAUCGCCGCGGCGCCGGCUGAACGCUGGACCGGCGGGCGUCCGGGCCGCCGAACCGCCAACUGGGGCGGCCGGCCGGGCGAGCCCUUUGUGCGCGAGUCGCUGCCGCCAUGGAUCUCCGCCUUGGUGGACGCGAUCGUGCGCUCGGGCCUUUGGCCCGUGGAUACCAUCGGCGGCCCUCCCAAUCACUGCCUCGUGAAUGAGUACGAGGCGGGCGCAGGGCUCACGCCGCACACAGACGGUGUCAUGUACGCGCCACACGUGUGCACGCUCUCGCUCGGCUCCGACGUCCUGCUCGACCUCCACGCGCCGUCCGCGGCGGACGACGCCGAAGAAAACGCGCGACCGCUCGCGUCGCUGCUGCUGCGCCGCCGCUCGCUCAACGUGUACGCUGGCCCGGCCUACUCUGGGCUCUUCCACGGCAUCGCGCAGAGGGAGCAGGAUGUGCUGGACGAGAGAGUAAUCAAUCUCGAGGCGGAGGAUGCGCCGGGGGAGAUCAUCCCGCGCGGGCGGCGAUGGAGCGUCGUCUUCGUGCACAAGCUGCAGCGGUGAGGCGAAUGCGAGGCGCCUCCCUUUCCCCGUUGUACUUGGAAAACUCGCCCGGGUUGCUUGGCCCCACGCCUAUGACUGGUUGGUUGGUUGUGUCUGGCGUGCGCCGCAGGCGAGGAAAUUUCCAACAAUUUCUGUUUACUCAAGGGUC